AUGUCUGGCGAUUCUCAGUCAAGUCGGGCGAUCCUCGUCACUGGCGCAACCGGCAAGCAAGGCGGCGCCGUCAUCGACGCACUCCUCGAGUCAGAAAGCAGUAGCGCUUACAAAAUCAUCGCCGUUACUCGCAAUGUUGGGUCUUCGAAAGCCAAAAGCUUGGAAUCCCGUGGGGUCAUUGUCAUUCAAGGCGACCUCAACAAUGUUCCUGCCAUCUUCUCCGACGCCAAAGCAACUUUGAGUUCCUCAAACACUGAGCUUUGGGGCGUGUUUAGCGUACAAACGGCCAUUGGCAAGGGAGCAUCGGCAGAGCUCGAAGAAGCCCAAGGAAAGGCACUUGUCGAUGCGGCUCUAUCCAACAACAUCAAGUUCUUCACAUACAGCUCCAUUGACCGAGGCGGAGACGGUUCAUACGACAACUACGUCCCUGGUGUAUCUCAUUUCGUCAGCAAGUAUCGCAUCGAGCAUUAUCUGGUCGACAAGGCGCGCGGUAAGAUGGAAUGGACCAUUCUUCGACCCGUAGCAUUUAUGGAGAACAUGGAACCAGGCAUGGGUAUUAAAAUCAUGGUCACAUCUUGGCGAGUUGCUGUCAAGGAGAAGCCUCUACAGUUGGUUUCUGUCAAGGAUGUGGGACGAGCCGCCGCGAAGGCAUUCCUUCACCCCCAGGAGUUCUCUGGCAGGCAGAUUCCUUUGGCUGGCGACGAGCUUACACUGGAAGCUGCCAAUACUAUUUUCAAAGCCAAAAGGGGCACUGAGAUCCCAGAGACGUUUCAGUUUCUGGUCAGAUUCUUGCAUUGGAUGAUAUCCGACUUCGGCGCCAUGUACCGAUGGUUUUACACUGAUGGCUUUGGAGUCGAUAUCGCGGCAGUAAAGCGAGAGAAUCCUGGCACACUGGACUUUGGGUCUUGGUUGGAGGAGGAGUAUGAUCAGGAGGGAAAGCGCGUCUAG